AUGGAGGUGGCGCCCGCGGCGAUGACGUCCGUCGCCGCCGCCGCGGUCGCCGCGGACGCCGGCGGCGGCGCGGACGACGCGACGACGCUCGUGGAGAUGGGGUUCGCGCGCGAGGACGCGCGGCGGGCGUUGGACGCGGCGGGCGGCGACGUCGCCGCGGCCGUGGAUAUCCUUUCGAGCCGUUGA